AUGGCUAAAUUCCUCCUUCUCUGUUGCCUCUUCGCGGCGGCGCUGACGUCAUCAUUGACGGAGGCCGGCGACAAUAACGGAGUUUACUCGCCUUGUUCAGAUUCUACCGUAGCGAUCGGCGAUGGAUUCACUUUCGGCAUUGCUUUCGCGGCGAGAGAUUCUUUCUUUGGUACAAAUCGUUCGUUCCCCUGCGAUCAUCGCCGCCUCUCGCUCAACGGUAACUCUGAACUCGCCGUAUUCAGACCUAAAGUCGAUGAGAUCACCCUACUCACCAUCAACACCUCCUCAGGUUCCUCCAGUUUCCGUCCGGUUCGUUCUCAUCUCCUGAUCUGUCUUGGAUGCUUCAAAGGGAAUAUGGUAGCAUUCCCUGGUGCAAAAUACGCGGCAAGAUCAGUCCCAGUUAUGGUUGCAGACAGCAAUCACAUCGUGACAAGCUUCACCCUUGUUCUUGAGUUCCAGAAGGGCAGGCUUGAGAACUUGUUCUGGAAGAAAGGCGGAUGCUCCAAAUGUUCUGGAGAUGAUAAAUUCGUGUGUCUGAACAAAGAAGAAUGUGCAAUCAAAACACAAAACUGCAAGAACCAAGGUGGAAAAGUAGAUUGCAGCUUGGGGAUCCAGUUGGCGUUUUCAGGCACGGACAGGCACUACACCGCGUUGAAUUCAUGGUACGAGGUUGCAAAUCUGAAGCAGUACUCGCUUUACGGCCUCUACUCGAAUCUAAAGGAUUCAAUAAGCAACCCAUUUAAAAACUUCUUCUGA